CGAUAUCGAACAUUUCUUCUUCUUCUUCUUUUUCAGUUCAAUUCUCUAUAGAAUUCGAGCCGAAAAGAGUGAGAAGCCAUCUGGGAGAUGGAUAUACCAGUAAUUGAUCUGACUCCAUACGUGGAUGCAACAUCUGGUCAGUUCUGUUUAGAUGGGGUUCUGAGUCCUGAACUCAAGAACAUAUGUUCAGAGGUUAGUAGAAUACUAAGAGAGACCGGAGCGUUGUUUGUGAAAGAUCCACGAUGUUCUGCCGAAGAUGAUGAUCGAUUUAUUAGUAUGAUGGAGAAGUACUUUGAAAUGCCUGAUGAAUUCAAGCUUCUCCAGGCUCGACCUCACCAACAUUAUCAGAAUGGUGCGACACCCGGAGGACUUGAAGUUCCAAGGAGUUUGGUUGUUAAGGAUAUGCUUAUAAAAGCAAAAGAAUUGCCAAAAGAACAUCAGCCUUUGACUCCAACGGGUGCCGAUAUUAAGUGGCGAUACAUGUGGAGAAUUGGCCCUAGACCAUCAAUAACCCGGUUUCAGGACCUAAACUCAGAUCAUGUUAUCCCUGAAGGUUUCCCUGAGUGGGAAGAGACUAUGGAUUCAUGGGGUUAUAAGCUUCUGUCUGCCGUUGAGGCUGUUGCUGAAAUGGCAGCAAUUGGUUUUGGGUUACCAAAAGAUGCUUUCACUAAUCUCUUGAAGAAUGGUCCACAUCUUCUAUCUCCAACAGGAGGGGACCUAGGGAGUCAUGGCAAAGAGGGUACUGUAUUUGCAGGAUACCAUUAUGACCUUAACUUUCUCACAAUUCAUUAUAGAAGUAAAUUCCCUGGUCUGUAUCUUUGGCUAAGGAAUGGACAGAAAGUGGAAGUGAAGGUCCCGAAAGGGUGUCUACUUAUUCAGACCGGAAAGCAGUUAGAAUGGGUUACUGCCGGAGACUGUAUGGCUGGUUUGCACGAAGUUAUUGUAACUAAGAAAACAAUCGAAGCAAUUAAAACAGCUAAACAAGAAAAUCGAAGCCUAUGGAGAGUAUCCUCAACAUUGUUUUCUGCUAUAGCGUCGGACGCUGUAAUGAAGCCUUUGGGUCAUUACGCGCAAUCACCUCUUGCAGAUAAGUACCCGCCGAUUUAUGCUGGAGAGUAUUUUCAGAAAGAGCUUGCUGUGAUUAACCUUAAUGAAAAUCUGAAAGACCAUUAGUAAUUAAGUAAUUUGAUCAAGAAAGGUGUAUGUGGUUGUUGAUUGUUUAAUACCGUGGAGAAUAAACAAGGUUUGAAGAUGAACUAUGUUUAUUGUUGUCAAAGUGUGAUGUCAUUUAUCAAGCUACAUUUUUAUUGAUGUGUCUAAGGGUAUGUAUUGUAAGAAAUUGCUGUAAAAAUAUUGUAUUGUAUAAUAAUAAUAAUGGUGUUUGAAUAUAUUUUAUAAA